CACGCAUUACAUUGGAAUUUGGCGGUAACCAUUUAAAAGAGAGCGAAUUAAACUCGUGUCGUGUGUAAACUUGAACUUAAAAAGUGGAAGUCUUUUCUCCAUGAUUUGACUUUUUCUUGAUAUUUUUAUUAAGUAUGGUCCGUCCUGACCGUGGUCAUAGGGAUGAUGGGAAAAGUUUCAAAGGACCAGCCAAGAGAUCUCAGUCAGGCGAUUCAUGGCCAGCGAGCCAAAAGAUGCGCAAGGGAGUCAAGCCCGCAGUUGACGAAAAUUCUGAAGUUGUCAAAACCUUCAGGAUCUUUCAGUCGGAGUUGGAUGCCAAGCAUGACAAGCAUGAGAGAUUGGUCAAGCUGAGCAGAGAUGUUACCAUUGAGAGCAAACGGACCAUCUUCCUGCUCCAUCGCAUUUCAGGAGAGGAGGAUAAGGAGUCCCUCAUCAAGGAGGCCCAGGGUAAGAUUCAGGACAUCCAGGCCAGUCGUCUCCAGCGCAUUGCCAGGGAGCUGGAGGGGGAGGAUCCUUUCUUGUUCCAUCGGGCGGUUUCCCCGGGCCUCCAGGAGUACAUAGAGGCCGUCCUGUUCCUGUGCUACGCGGCCGAGAGGAGGCUGAUGGGACUGGGCGAGGUCAGGGGUCAGCUGGAGUUCAGGGUUCCCAUUGAGGAAGGGGAAGAUUCAAAGACAAAGGAUUCAUCAAAACCUGAAGGGGAAGCUGCGCCUGAUGAUGCCAUUGAGCAAGGGAGCCUCCCCAAGGAACCACCCUCAGCCACACUCCACAGGACUCUUGCACUCUAUGUCUCCCCCUUGGAUUACGUCCUCGGCGUGGCCGACUUCACCGGUGAACUCAUGCGCAUGUGCAUCAACAGCGUCGGGGUUGGGGACCUGGAGACCCCGUUUGAGCUGGUAGCCUUCAUGCGGGAGCUGUACGACAGCUUCCAGCUGCUUGGGAACCAGCCGGGCCGGGAGUUUGUGCGCAAGCUGUCCGUGAUGCGACAGAGCGUGUCCAAAGUGGAGAACGCCUGCUACAUGCUGAGGGUGCGGGGGUCGGAGAUCCCCAAGCACAUGCUCCUAGAUGCCAUCUCUUCCCUCCCGGACUCGGCACAGACAGACUUUGAUACCUGAACUCUGUUACUUUCAUUGUAAUCCCAAGAUACCGAGGUAAUUUUUUUAUUUUCAUUUAAAAAAGAAGGAGAUGGAAGUCAGAGCCAUUGAAAAGUUAAAAGAAACAUGUGAAAAUGCAUUGCCAUCAAAUCACUUCUUGGACCACUCCUUUGUACCUUUUGAAAUUAAACACGCUCUGGUUUAACAGUUAUUCUUUGAAAUUUUAACAAUGAGGAGAAAUUGUUAUUUUAACUGCAAGAAAAAAAUACAAAUAUCCUUACCCUGUACUAACUAAAACAACUACAGACUAACAUUGACUUGGAAACUAAUGUGGUGUAUACAGUGGAAUGUCGCUAUACUGAACACCGCUAUACCGAAUAUUCGGCUAUACCGAACAUCAUCC